AUGUUCCCAGCCAACUUUUAUGAUUCCGAGAUACAGGAAUACGUACAUUUAAAGCAAAGCGACGACUCUUAUCUCGACACUAUAUCCGGUGGUUCUCUAUUCAACAUCACCUCCAACACUACUUUUAGAGAGUCUGUCAAAAGUUUGAUUUUCGAUAUUACUCUUGGCAAUUAUUCAUUAUUUAAAAAAUCAAUUCAAUUUGAAUUAAAAUCUUCAUUCCAAAAUCAAAAUCAAAGUUAUUUAUCAUUUAUUAAUGAAACACAAAAUGAAUGGAAAAUUGUUGGAUCACAAGACAAUGAUGAUGAUAUGAAUAAUGGAACUGCAACUAUUCCAUUGCCAGCAAGCAAUGUUGUACGUUGUGGAAAACACUCCAAUCAUACUUGUGGCAACACAUCACAUUUUACAAACUUUGGAGUGUUGUUGUAUAUUGGCUCGGACAAGGGUUCCUCUGGAGGCAACAACAAUGGUGGAUCAAAUGCCAAUGGCGAGGAGAUCUCAGAGGAAGGCAAGUGGAUCAAAAAGGUUUUGGUACCUGUUUGCAUUGCCGUCGGUGGUGCAGCCUUGGUGUCUGUCAUUGUUGGAUUUUUCGUAGCCAAGAUUAUUCGUCAUGGUCGUCUCAAAUAUUGGUGGGCCUCUAGAGGUGCAAGCAGUGAACACAUCAACCAAGACGCCGAAUUAAGCGAGAUAUCAAACAAAUAA